GUUCAAUGUCUUCAGCAGUAUGUGACUACAAUGCAACCUACCUAGGCAAACAUUUCCAAAAAUUCGAUACACACCAGACACCACCAUACGGACCAAUGUGCUGAUGAAAACAAUGGCACAGCUCUUGAAAUUCAAUAAGCCUUAUGCUCGAACAGUUUCCUGCAUGUUAUUGUCCACCCACCCUGCAAAUCUAUACGAGUUAUAAAUACAAGCGUCGGUGUGCAAGCCGGAGGCUCAAUAAUCUGCUACCCAAUGAGAGAAUCUGAAAAUCCUUCAUGAAUUCUUGAUCACGUAUGCGAGGGCAGACAAUUGUACGCCGUCGUGAUGGGUUUGAGGAUUGCUACCGCACCCAGACAUCUCACUCGCCAUACAGGUGCAUGAAAUCCUAACAGCAGACGUUUCCAUGGAGAAAGUCUGUGCUAGAAGUGUGGUUGUGAAAUGGAACCCCUCAAAAAUUAUUUAUGGACUUUUGGAUGUCAAUAUAAAAGGCGAGCUCAUAGUUACAAGUCAUAGACCCCGAGAUUCCAAGUGUUGUAGAGAGUUCAAUAUUUCGUUUCGAUCUAAGAAAUAAUCUCUACACUUUACAAUCGCGUUUGCUGAGUUUCCUUCCAUUCAUUAUCCUCGUCGACUAGGCCAACAGCAAUGAGUAGCUAUCCAAGUGCGAAGAGCUCACCCCCGGCUGAUGGGGACCAGAAUCAUGGCACUAGGAUGCUUAUUGUUAUCGUUACUACGUUCACUAUUGUCGUUGUGAUUCUUUGUCUUCGCCUGAGUGUGCGACUAUUCGUGGUUCGCUCAAUGGGAUGGGAUGAUUAUUCGAUCAUUGCCGCUACUAUCGCUGCCACUAUCUGCAACGCUUUCAAUCUCAACUAUAUACAUAGUGGUGGCGGUAGACAUUCAUACUACCUCGGAAUACAAGGAGAAAUCAAUGCGUCUAAAUGGAGUACCCUGGCACAACUUCCUUUCAUCAUUGCAACGACCUUUACCAAGGUCUCAAUUUGCUUUAUGAUCGUCCGAAUAACAAACAGCAAAAGCUUGAUUAGAUUCAUGUGGGCGAUGAUAGGUGCUCUAAUCGCGAUAAACCUCAUGGGGUUCAUUGUCGUGGCUGCCAGAUGUACACCUUUCGAAGCAGGGUGGAACUACUACACUAUUCAAGGAAAAUGCUGGCCACACAAGGUUCUGGAAGUACAGUCGUAUUUACAAGGAGUCUUCUCUAUCGUAACUGAUUUUACGUGUACAAUGCUCCCAAUAAUUGUCUUGUGGAAUAUUCAAAUUAGUGUGCGACAGAAAAUAGCCAUUUGUGGCCUUGUAGCCAUGGGCUUGUUUACAACGGCCUGUUCUAUCGCUCGCCUGUACUUAUAUGCGUCUGUAACAAGUUUUCUCGACACAACAUGGUCACUGCUAGUCCUACAGAUAUGGACAGUACUUGAACAGAAUAUCGGACUAAUAGCCGCAAGUUUGCCAGCGCUCCUACCUUUACAUAAACUUUUGAGAGAGAAAACACGCGGUUCAUACAGCCGUAUACGAGCUCUUCUGUCACGCACCAAUAGAACCGAAUCAUAUGGCAACUCCCAUUCAUCCAAGGGCCAUUUCAAAGUGGCGAGCCUUGACGAUAUGACCCUGCCCCUCCAGGAAGUUUCGCUCCAAAGUGCCGGGCGAAAGACAGAGAAUCAUGUGAAACCCAACAUCAAGAAAAAUAACCAUGGUGAUGGAGGGGAGCUUGUUUGAUUUGCUUUACGAGAAGUAGAUGACUACGAGCAGUGUCAAUACAUCUUAUCCGUACACUGGGUGUUGAUACCAAGUGAAUAUAUGUUCUAUAUUACGUGAAUCUUACUAUGUUCUUUUCCAUCGGUCUCUAUUCAAACAUUAGUAGAUAGUUGUUAUAUAGUGUUAUACACGUGGUCAAUAAACGGUAGCGAUAAAUUAAUAAGUCUUUUGUGGACUA